CCCCUGGACCCUGCCUGUAUUCCCAGUCCCUGCCUGUAUUCCCACUGCCUGCACUGGAGCAGGAGAACCCCCCUGGGGCAGCUCCGCUGUCUGACAUCCCAGCAGCCACAGAGUAGCAAAGCUGUGGCCGGGCUGUGUCACCCCGUGAUUGUUGGGAGUGAAGUAGGCCCCGUUCCCUGCCUGUAUUCCCAGUCCCUCCUGUAUUCCCAGUCCCUCCACUAUUCCCAGUCCCUCCUCUAUUCCCAGUCCCUCCUCUAUUCCCAGUCUCUCCUCUAUUCCCAGUCUUUCCUCUAUUCCCAGUCCCUCCUGUGUUCCCAGUCCCUCCUGUAUUCCCACUCUCUCCUCUAUUCCCACUCUCUCCUCUAUUCCCAGUCCCUCCUCUAUUCCCAGUCCCUCCUCUAUUCCCACUCUCUCCGCUAUUCCCAGUUUCUCCUCUAUUCCCAGUCCCUCCUCUAUUCCCAGUCCCUCCUGUAUUCCCACUCUCUCCUCUAUUCCCACUUUUUCCUCUGUUCCCACUCUCUCCGCUAUUCCAGUCCCGCCUCUAUUCCCACUCUCUCCUCUAUUCCCAGUUUCUCCUCUAUUCCCACUCUCUCCGCUGUUCCCAGUCCCUCCUCUAUUCCCAGUUUCUCCUCUAUUCCCACUCUCUCCUCUAUUCCCAGUCCCUCCUGUGUUCCCAGUCUUUCCUCUAUUCCCACUCUCUCCUCUAUUCCCACUCUCUCCGCUGUUCCCAGUCCCUCCUCUAUUCCCAGUUUCUCCUCUAUUCCCACUCUCUCCUCUAUUCCCAGUCCCUCCUGUGUUCCCAGUCUUUCCUCUAUUCCCACUCUCUCCUCUAUUCCCACUCUCUCCGCUGUUCCCAGUCCCUCCUCUAUUCCCAGUUUCUCCUCUAUUCCCACUCUCUCCUCUAUUCCCAGUCCCUCCUGUGUUCCCAGUCUUUCCUCUAUUCCCACUCUCUCCUCUAUUCCCACUUUCUCCUCUGUUCCCACUCUCUCCGCUAUUCCCAGUCCCGCCUCUAUUCCCAGUCCCUCCUGUGUUCCCACUCUCUCCUCUAUUCCCACUCUCUCCUCUAUUCCCGCUCUCUCCGCUGUUCCCACUUUCUCCGCUAUUCCCACUCUCUCC